AGCCGCGUUGCCGGCAUCGGCUGGGGGCUGUGAUGGGGGUGGGGGAUGGCCCAAGGCCGCGCACCAGGUGGGGAUGGGAAGGGACCGCAAGGCCGGCGCCCGUCGGGGGCGAGGGAAGCGCGGCCCCGCCCCGGGGGUAUUUAAGGCCACCUGCCGGGGGUUACCCCGGGUCCCGUGCGAUGGCCGAGGAGGCGAUGGCGAGCUAUCUGUACACCGCCUACCCCCCCUACUCCUACCGCUACCCACCGCCCAAGGGUAAAGGAGGGGCGGCGGGCGGCUGGCGGCCGCGGGGCAGCAGCUACUUCCCGGGCUACGGGGAGGCGGCCGCCGAGUACUUCGACAACUACCAGCGGGCGCAGCUCAAGGCCAUCCUCUCCCAGGUCAACCCCAACCUGACGCCGCGGCUCCGCAAGGCCAACACCAAGGAGGUGGGCGUCCAGGUGAACCCGCGGCAAGACGCCUCGGUGCAGUGCUCGCUCGGGCCCCGCACGCUGCUGCGCCGCCGCCCCGGCCCCGCCGCGCCGCGGCCCCGUGAGGCGGAGCGGGGGCAGGAGCUGGGCAGCCCCGCCACCACCAGCACCCGUGCCGUGCGCUUCCCUCGCACCAUCGCAGUCUACUCGCCCGUGGCGUCCCGCAGACUCACCGCCUUCCUGGAGGAGCCGAGCCCGGAGCCGCAGCGGCGGCCACAGCAGCAGGACAAGGCGGCGGCCGUCGAGGAGGAGCCGGCUGCGCUGCGGGAGCAGCGGGAGGCGGAGGCGGCAGCCGUGCGGGCGAGCUGGGAGAAGCCCUCCGACGGUGGCGCCGAGCCUCUGGGGCAGCGCCCGGCCGAGCCUCUGGGGCAGCGCCCGGCCGAGCCUCUGGGGCAGCGCCCGGCCGAGCCUCUGGGGCAGCGCCCGGCCACCCCGCCGGAGCCGGCGACGGACGCAAGCCAGGAGGAGGUGGCAGAGGCAGCCGAGGCACAGCCUGCCGCCGAGCCGGCAGCCCAGCCGCCGGCAGAGCCGCCUGCCUCACCCCAGAAGCGGCAGUCGUCGGCGGGCAAGACCCGCCUGCGUUUCCAGUUCCUGGAGCAGAAGUAUGGGUACUACCACUGCAAGGCCUGCAACAUCCGCUGGGAGAGCGCCUAUGUUUGGUGCGUCCAGGGCACCAACAAGGUCUAUUUCCGUCAGUUCUGCCGCACCUGCCAGAAGUCCUACAACCCGUACCGCGUGGAGGACAUCACCUGCCAGAGCUGCAAGCAGACGCGGUGCACCUGCCCCGUGAAGAUGCGCCACGUGGAUCCCAAGAGGCCCCACCGCCAGGACCUCUGUGGGAGAUGCAGAGGGAAACGCCUCUCCUGCGAUAGCACAUUCAGUUUCAAAUACAUCAUCUGAAGGGGAAGGGUUUUUUUUUUUGUUUUUGAUUAGGGCUCUUCAAGAAAAGAAGAGCUCUACUUGCAGAUUUAUUUUGGUUUUGUUGGUGUUG